GGCCACACUAAUUUUGGAAAUGUUCGAUUCGAUAUUUUGCGUUAAAAAAAAGUUAUAACAAAAAGUUGAAUGAAAACGCCUACAAACUGUGGUAGUUAGAAAAUUGGAGUUACUAAUACAGAAACUAUAAUUGGCCCGUUAGUAGCCAAUAGAGAAAAUCUCCAUUUACGAUUCAUUGAAUUGAGAUCUCGGGAUGUCUCUAUAUCUAUUUUGUGGAGUUAAAUGAAUGAAGAAGUGCGUGCGUGCGUGUGUAUGUGUAUGUGUAUGCGAUGAUGGUGGUCGCUGUAGCACACUGAAAGAAUCAAUAAAGGAUGUGCUGUAGAGAUAUUAUGCUGGAAAAACCCCACAGGAGCAGCACUGGCAGCAGCAAUAACAACGAAGAAAAUUUUGUUUUAUUGAAAGCACAAAAGCAAAAUCAAAAUGAUUUUCACUACCAAACAAAAGUGAUUUUUGUAUCAAUGAAAAUGUAAAAUGAAAUUGAAAUUGUAACGGUUGAAAUCGACACAUAAAAUAACUGCAAAAUUGCCAAAAGAGCGAGAGAGAGAGAAAUAGUGUGUGGCAGAGAGUCCAAGAGAGACUUUAGAACCUGUGUGUGUGUGUGUGUGGAAAGGAAACCAAAUAAUAAAAAAGGAAAAAAUCUACUAAACAAAGUGCAUUCAUUUACACACACAAUACAAUGAAGUUCUGCGUGUUAAUGAUUUUAGUAACGGCGCUUUCCUUACAGUCAACCGCUGUGGAAGUGCACUUCGAAGCCCCGGAUAGUGGAUUCUUCCUGAAACACGCCCGACAACCACCUGUGACGCCGGAAAUUCAAACAUCCUCACAGCCACCGGUAAAGACACGUUCGUCCUAUGAUUCGGUUUUAUCCCUGGAUCGUUUCACUGUUGUCGAGACCACACAGCCUGUCUCCAUAAGAGCCAGCUAUGGUCCAUUUUCCACCAAGCAGACAGUGCCGGCUCGUUACAUAGUUCCGGAUACCAUUGAGAAUCAGAAUGGGGAUUAUAUGAAUAACUCGACGGCCACUCUGCUUGAGCUGCAGCAGCCCAAUAUGCAUUUGGAUAUUUCGGCUCAUUUGGUGCGUUCCACUGUGUCUCAAGAUUCACCUGUUCUGCGUGUUCUAUUCCAUGCUGGCGCUGAUCCCGGCGGUCAUUUGCAACGACAAAAGGUCUGUGUCCUUCUCCAUGUGGCCAUGGGCUUAGAGGUGCCACUUAAGGGUCGUUGUAUGCCCGAAGGCGAGGACGGUGUCUGUGUAGCCGAGGUAGUGGUUCCCCUCAGUUGGUGGCCUGCGUUACCGGCUCCCAGCCAUAAUAAGGAUAACGGUCAGCAGUUGCCGCCGCCAAAGGUGCCACAGCGAUAUGCCCAGGUGUCAUAUAGCGUAUUUGAGCCACCACUUCGGAAUCCAGAGCAAUGCGAGCCAAAAGUUCAAAUCCAACCUUUAACAACAUUCGCCCAAGUUCCCCUGAUACCAGCUAAGACACCAUUUAAAGAGCUGCGAGCAGAUGAUUCGGUUACCUUCCUUUUGCCACAACAUCCCUUGUAUCCCAUGUCGAAAUUACAUGUUCCAGUGUUUUUGCAUCAGUAUGUGGACCAACGAGUGGCUGCGUUCACAGUACGUGCUCGGGUUAAGGCUGGUCUACGGAUUAUGGGAGCGACUGCCUCGACCGAUCAAUGGAGUAUUUCAAUUGAAAAGGAGAAUCCCAAACAUACAACCGCUCGUGUCACAGCGUUCCGUAAAGAGCAAGAAUCGGGCGGCGGCAGCAGUAGCAGCAGCAGUAUGGAGUCACUUUCAUCUGGCAUGGCGUCCGCUUCAACCGCGUCGUCAACUAAUCUAACCAACGAAGUAUUCGAGGUCUUCUCUUGGCUGCUCGAGGUGGCCGAUGAUAACAAUGACAUUAUGGACGGUGGCAAAAUUGUUUGGUCUGUCACCCAUGUCUAUGAUACGCCCAAAGACAAGGAUUCCUCGGAAAUAAUAGCCACAGAUGAUACCAAGAAACGCUUAAUUGCUAAACUGGAGAUCAAUAAGGAUGACAUUCAGGCUGUGCUGCCAAUGGCCAAGAUUUGGGAGGUUAUGAACACUGCUGUUCUAACGGGUCGUCAAGUUGCUCAGGCCAUGAAGGUCUUUAUUGUCUCGCAGGCUGGCAAAGUAGCCGAUGUAACACUACAGAGCUCCUGCCAUGCCGAGGACGAGAGUGUGAUCAAGGUCUCUUCAUCGUGUAGUUCAGUGUAUGUCGAUGGCUCCGAGCAACGGGGCUCCUCCAACGCGUCGGUCAUAGUGAAAUAUGGCACAUAUGUGGGAGUGGCCAAGUUUAUUGUAUGGAUGCCAGAAUUUCCACUUGAGGUCUACAUAUCUGAUUUCCGUCUGUCGCAAAUCAAAGGAUGGAAAGUAACCGAUGACAAUCACUAUCUUCACAACAAGCAGCAGCAGUCCCGUCGUAGGAAGAAGCGUUCGUAUGUCUGGGGCCAGCAUGGUGGUAUUGGUGGCAGUGGAUCAAGUGGUAACAUGGGUAACUACUAUAACAAUUUGGGUACGGACAAAACCAUUUGUCGUGCACGUUAUCAACAAAGUCCUGUUGAGGUCUUUGCCAAAUUUCUGGCCUUCGAUCAGAACUCUGGCCGUACAAGUAACUUCAUAUCACGACGCACAGGUCUCAGAGUUACGGAUCUUGUUCAGCCAUUGCUGCGUGUGGCCGAUCCAAAAAUCGCCUCGCUCAAAGGUCGUAUUCUGCAGGGCAAAUCGAUGGGACGCACCGAUGUACAGGUUCUAUCCCCCAUUACCGGGCGUGUCAUUGGCACUAAGGAGAUACGAGUGGGCAGCGAUAAGGUGACCUUAUCCAAGCUAAUAGUACGUGUCAUUUCGGGUCUGCAGUUGACAAUUACUCCAGAUAACACCAUUGAGAAUGGUUACCUAGCUGAAACAUCGGUGACCCACAAACUGACAGCUCAGUAUCAAGAGGGCCUGCUCGAUAUUGAUUUAGAGUUUUCCGAUGGAUCGAAGACCCCGUUGCGCGACAUAGCCGUUGAGGACUACUUCUUGCUUGUCGAGAGCUUGGACACUGAGGUGGUGGCCUUUGCCCCUAUGUUGGCAUCACAUCACCCCCGUGUGAUUGCCGUUGGCGAGGGUAAUGGAAACUUGUUGAGGGUCACUCUGCUGCUCUCUGAAGAGUGUCGCCUGCGUCGUGGCGGUACUCUAUCUUCAUCCACAACGAAGCAGAAUAAAUCGAAUGCAGCUCCGCUGGCCAGCGCCUUGGCCUCAAUUGAAGUAGACUUUAACAAUGUUGACAUUGUUAGCAAACAGGAGGCCAUUCAGAAUGAUGGAACUGUUGGCAGGGGUGAACGCAAGAAUUAUCGUCAAUCUGGGGACUUGGCUGACAUUAUAGUGGGCAUUCCUCUGCGUGAUUCCAGCCAACAGUAUGAGCCCACUGUGCAGGCUCGGCAACACAGAAGCAACAUACAAGCAGUCCACAAAUCGCAUUUCGGUGGCAAGGGACAUGGGAAUGGCAAUAUGUCGUCCAUGGAACUUGGCAUGUAUGUUCUACUGACAGCCUUCUGUUUCGCCAUCAUUGUCUUUGUCAUCUCCUGUGUGGUAUAUGCCUCCAAAUUCCGUCCGGCACUCAUUGAAUCUGGGCUCGAUCCGCUCUCUGCGGUUGGUAAAGGAAACGGCAAUGGCAGCAUUGGUGGUUUCCGUGAUGUGCGACUCAAGGAAUCAACAACAAAUGCUCAUGACUGGGUCUGGCUGGGUCGCUCAACAAUCGAUAGACAAUCCAUGGUGGCUGACUCUUCAUCAUCGUCUGCUCAUGCGCGUGCAGACUCCCGCAUGCGCAUUACUAGCAAUCCCAUCAUUAACUACAAUGACAAUGGACGUCGUGUUAGCUCCUUCGAUCAGCAACCCAAACUGCAGACACACAUUGUGCCAGCCUCCAAUUUAAAUAAACUGCAUGCGGAUCACUAUUUUGCCAAUGAGCGAAAAGAUAAUGCAUUGGACUAUAAGCCACCAGUUCCACCGCAUCGGAAUGUUGGAACACGCGCAUUGUUACCAACACAACCACCCCUGGCAGUGCAUGGCGGCGGCGGCAGCAGCAGCGGUGCAGUUGGUCCAUUGAAGCCGGAGUCGGGAAACAAGCGCCAUAGUCAACUAUAUAAACGCGAGCAUUUGAACGGCAAUAUCAACAGUGACAACAACAAUCCCGACAAUCAGUCGACACAGCCAUUGGAACGUCCAACGCAUGGGCACAUACAUGCACCACAUUCACAUCAGCAGCAUCAGCGUAGUCAUAGCCACAGCCACAAUUUUAGUCAAGAGCCAGCGAUUAAGUCGGCCCACAAUAAGAUCAAGCAGCAACAUCAACAGCAGCAGCAACAGCAACAACAACAACAACAUCAGCAGCAUGAGGAACUUCACAAUGCUGAGAAGCUAGUGGAGUAUACAAAUCCUCAUCAAAAGAAUGCAUUUCAAUUUGAUUCGCUUACACCAAAGAGAGUAACCAAAGCAGGAGCAGGAGCAGGAUUAGGAACAAGUGCAGGAGCAGCCGGUGUUACUUUACCUACAACGCCGCCCACAGCUACUGUGGCACCCACACCACAAGUUAAAACUAAAGCUGAGAAUCAUAGCAUGGUAAGCAGCAUUGGCGAUGCGGCCAAUUCGAAUGCAACAGACGAAUUAAUCCGGCUACCACCAACGGCAUCGCCAUCGGCAACGGCAUCAACAACCAUCAGUGAGCCAACAACCAAGUCUUCACGCAUAAAGCGUGCCACAGUUGUUGGCAAUCCCAUGUUCUCGGCCACUGUCGAUGAUACGGUGGCACCUGGUGAACGUUUGGGUCUCGAUGAUCUCGACAUGGACUACGAACAAAUCAUGCAUUAUUUUGAUAAUUUAAAGGAGUCAAAUGCCUGAGUACAAGAGAUCAUUGCUAAAAUUCGCGAGAUAUUGUCAACAUUUCAUCAGCGAUACCAGAAUGUCGUCACGCCCCUGACAACGCCCACAAGAAAGCAAAUGCAAAUGCAUCAUUUGCUUGAUGAGCUAAUUGGAGGUGGAGGAGAAGGAGCAGCAGCAGCAGCAAUAGUAAGUGGUUGUGGUAAUAAUGCGCUUGAUGAACGUCAUGAAAGUACUCCUUCCCCCGAUGCUUACGAUGAAGCACUCAAAAUCGAGAGCAGGCAAUUCUAAAACCAACAGGCGGAGAAUGAUGAACGCAAUUUCUAAGGGUAACUACACAUAUAAACCGCAAUUCUAGCAAUCUACAAAUAUAUUAAAUAUAUAUAUAUAUAUAUCUAUAACGAACAAAAAAUCAAGCAACAAUUAUAAUGCAUUAAAAUUAAAACAACAAAAACAAAGAAAAAGGAAAAUCGUCUUGGAUAAGACUACAUCAUAAACUAUUUAUUGCCCCCUAGGCUAAGUUCAUAAAAAAAAAAAGAAAAAAUGCAUAUACACAUAUACAUAUAUAUAUAUACAAAAUAGAUAAAAUAUUGCAGAUAUUUCUUGCAAGUAUCUCGAGGAAUGCAUUCUCGACACAUUCCAACACACACUCGCAGCCACAAUCCACAGAAUGAGGUUAAAAAUCAGCAUAGAAAACAAUCUAGUUACUUGUUCAAUUUAAUCGCUUUAUGCUUAUAACCCUAGCAAAAACACAAAACACAUGACUCAAUGCAAAUGACAUCCCACAUAAUCUCUCCAAGACCUCUUGGGUUUUUAUUUUUGAAACGGAAACGGCUAAAAUCUUACAACUGGCUUCAGAUCUGAGAGAAUUGAUCAAAUGAUCACGUAUGAGAACUGUUCACCUAAAAUCCAUGUUCCAUAUUAUAUUUUUCUAGUUUCGAGAAAGAAUCCUGUACAUUUUGGGGUAACAAUUUUAUUCGUUCUGUUUGUCUUGUUUUGAUCUCAUUUCUUGUAAUGAAAUAACUUUUAGGGAAAUCUAUAGUUUGUGUUCAUAAAUCAAACAACAUUUCAUUCAGGAUAGGGUCUGAUUAAAUUGCAUAGAAACUGAUAGACGGACAGACAUACAUAUCCAAUAUAUUUAUCUCGGCUGUAGAUGCUGACCGGGAAUAUACAUAUAUACCUAUAUAUAUCGCAUGCUCAAUGGGGUCUGAUAUAGAGAGAGUUAUUCAACGUCUUUAUUUACUCACAAUAUAUGUGAGAAUUGGUAUAAAUUAAAUUUAUCCUAGUCUUUGGGUAGCAUCUGCAUUAGCUUGUGUUAUUGUCUCUUGUCUCUACUUUCCAUCACUUUCUCUUUUGUGGUCCUUUCGUUUUUUGAACCUUGUGGGCUUGUGGGCAAUGUGUCGAUAAUCGUUCCGAACAAAAGUCGCUAGAAAUACAUAAAUAAAAACAAAAUAAUGGAUUAAGCCGGCGCUAAAUCUUAAAAUAUAUAUAUGUAAUGGUAAAUGAUAAAUGAUAAAAUCUAUAACGAAAGGAUGCAUUAAAAAAAUUGCUUUAUAAGUUGGUAAUGAAGCCGAAAUAACUAUACCAAUCAUAAAUUUAAACGGAAAUAAGAAAAAACAAGUAUAUAGACGCUUAUGAGCUUUAUUUGGUCGAUGGCAUUAAAUAAAGUAUGGGAAAUGUGUAACCAAAAAAAUAUUCUAUGAUAUUACAAAACAAAACUGAGCUAUCAAGCUUUAUAUAAGUAAUAAUAACUACAACAGCCAGAUAUAAAGAAACAAGCGACAACUUA